AUGGUUCGACCAUCAGUGUCGAUAAGCGAUGAGGUCCUGCCUAUCCCAGCUGAGGAGAUACCAGCGGCUUACUGGGAAGCAGAUGCUCGCAUGAACUUUGAAGAAUCUGAAAAAAUUAUGUCGGACAAGGCAAAGGACGCAAGGAAAGCUAAGAACGUGAUAUUGUUUCUUGGCGACGGAAUGGGCUUGCCCUCCAUUGCUGCUGGUCGUUUCUACGCUAACAAGAAACUUGACGGAAAACCGAGUAAAUUCUCGUUUGAGAACUGGGACUAUAACACUGUCGCCCGAACCUAUGACCUGGAGACUAUGGUUAUGCUUUGCGUGAAAAAAAAUUUAUCAACCCCCCCAUCCCCCAAAUGUAAUGGCCUCCUUCAUUAUUUAACACUUGCAGGCACAAAGACUCGCACUGGCAUGUUAGGCGUGAGUGGUGCGAUCAAGGUAAAGGAGUGUGUUGCAUACAAUGACACCGUGAAAACCAUUUCCAUCUUGAAAGCUGCAGCAAAGGCCGGCAAGGCAACUGGCAUUUUGACGACUGCUCGCGUAACUCACGCCUCCCCUGCCGGAGCGUUUGGACACUCUGCCUUCCGCGACUGGGAGUCCGAUAAGGACGUACAAAAGGAUUGUCAAACGGAUUGUAGCUGCGUGGAUUUGGCUCAGCAACUGGCUCUCGAAAAUUUGGACGUCAACGUCAUUCUGGGCGGUGGUCGGGCAAAAUUCUUGCCAAACACUACAAAGCUGGCAACGGAUGAAAACGAACGGCUGGAUGGGAAGGAUCUUACCGAUAUGUGGUUAAAGGCCCAACUAGCCAAAGGCAGAAAAGCAGCGUAUGCCGGCACUAUAGAGGCAUACAAAGCGGUUGACACAUCUAAGGUUGACUACUUCAUGGGUCUACUGUACCCAUCACACCUGCCCUAUGUACUGCAUAGGACGCCAGGUGAACCCACACUGCCAGAACUCACAGAGAAAGCGAUUCAAAUACUUCAGCAUAAUCCCAAUGGUUUCUUCCUCUUCGUCGAGGGCGGUCGCAUUGAUCAUGGUCACCAUGAUAACAAAGCUAAACAUGCCCUCACUGAACUUGUGGAAAUGAGUGAAGCAGUAGAUAAAGCUGUAUCAAUGGUGAACAUGGAGGAGACGCUGAUCAUUGUGACCGCGGAUCAUUCACACUCCUUUGAAAUUGUAGGACGGCCGGCUCGAUUUGACAGUCUUUUAGUGAAAGACAAACAUUAUGGCCCCAAUGCGCUAGACAAGAAGGGUCUGCUCCCACUUAUGUACAUCAAUGGUCCGGGUGCACCGGUGAACGAAACACGGAAAGAUGUGAAUAAAAUGACAGACGAGGAGACGAGCGGUAACGACUUCCUGCAACAAGCUCUGGUCCCUAUAAGAUGGUCCACUCAUGGUGGGGACGAUGUGCCUGUCUACGCCACUGGACCCUUCAGCUGGAUGUUCCACCGCACCGUUGACAACACCUUCAUCGCCCAGACAAUGAAGUAUGCUAUGUGCGUGGAGCCCUACACUGCGGAGGAACACUGCAGCCGCAGUACUUCAGACACAGAUGGUACUGCAACCGUCCACAAGCCCUUCUUUGGCGCUAUCCUGGCGUUCUUAGUGCUCCUCUUCAGACCGUAG